ACCCCAAAAUCCCGCGCAUUUCAAAACGGAACCCUAGAUUCCGAAAAUGUUCAGCAAGAGAAGGAAAUCAAACAGAGCUGAAUAUCCAAUUCCGGCGCCGGCAGCCGCACCUUCGCCGCCUCCAUCGAUCGAACUGCCGGAGGAUUUGACGGCGAAUAUCCUGCAAAGGUUGGAUGCCGAGGAGAUAAUUGUGAGUGCGAUGCUGGUGUGUAGUACAUGGUGGAGAGUCUGCAAGAAUCCCGCCAUAUGGCGCGUUAUCGAUUUGGACUAUCGACGUUGCCAGCAAUCCGACGAUUUUGAUAACAUUCGUAGCGCAGUGGAUUUUGAUAUCAUUUGGCGUAGCGCUGUGGAUCGUAGCCAGGGACAAUUGCUCGAGCUAAAGCUUGCCUAUUUGGAAGCAGAAGAUGGGAUUCUAAACUACGUCGCCGAGCGAUCAAGUCAGCUUCGAUGCCUUACACUUGAAAGGUAUUUCGGAAGGGAUGAUGUUGCUUGGACCGAUGCAAUAAAAAAAUUCACACAACUGGAAGAGUUACACUAUAUUAUAAUGCCAGAAUUCGAUAUCAUAGAUUUUGAAACCAUCGGCACCUCAUGCCCCAUGUUGAAAUCAUUUACAUAUAACGAAUUUUGUUGUGAGCAGUCAGAAGAGGAGGAUGACCUCGAUGAUGGUGUAAGAUUCUCCGUUCGGUAUGGUGUUGCAAUUGGAAAAACCAUGCAUAAUCUGUGCCAUCUCAGACUUUGGGCACUGGAGACGAAGAAUGAGGGACUGGAAGCCAUUCUCAAUGGCUGUCACUCGACCUUCGGAGAUGCUAUGGUCUUGAUCUAGAAGGAGCUCUAGGUAAAAGAUGUUGUGACUUGUGAGCAAGUAAAACAUCUGAAGCUCCCUUCCGACGGUACCAGUGAUAUUGAUGUUCUACUCGAAGACCCCGAAGAAAUUUUUUGGGGAUUAUCAAAUUUGCGGGAACUCUAAGGCCUUUCUUGGUAUGAUGUAAUGAUAUGAGGGUGGAAUGGAAUGAACUUAGCAAAUGACUAUAAUGAACUUAGGAAUAACAUUUCAUUCCAUCGUACCAAAAAAGGCUCAACAUAUUCGAUUGCUUCAAUGCUGACAUCUAUUAAUAUGAUGUUUGUGGAGGUUUUGCUGGUUCUUACUAUUUCUGGUCUUGAGAGAUGAAAAUACUAAGGGGCCUUAUAUUUCAAGAUAAGCAUCUUCACUUUUUGUGUAGGUAAUUAAUCUAUCGCAUGCUCAUCUAUGAUUAGUUUA